GACACGCGGUCCAAGGAUAUAAAAAGCGGAAGGUCGAGUUCGAAUUAAAGAAAACAACGGAGAAGGGUGAAAGACAGGCAACGAAUGAGCCGUGAUAUCGCGUAGUGGUAGUGUCUUUAGAAGAAAUUAUCUUAUCGCAUCUUCGCCAUGAGGAUAACAGUGUCCAUCUUCUUGCUCCUGGGACUCCUUCUCUGCGUUCAGGGUGAACUUAUCGGUACCAAGGAGGAGGAUGAAAGUUUCCUGACCUGCGUGUUAGAGGAUAAUUCCGUGGGAUGUCUAAGUACGAGGCUAGGGAGGAACCUGGAUCAAAUCGAGAUGCAAGUGACCGGGAAGAAGAGCGAAACACCGAUGAGUGCGGUUAUCGAGCAGGCCGGCAAUUUCAUGGCCGAAGUCAUCGACGACGUGCAAAAUCCCGGAAGAUCGGAGGAAGUCGCGGAAACCGCAGAUGCCGGUGACCAAGAGGAAGCACGUGGCAAGAAAUACGGAAAGAAAAAAAAGAAGCAGUUGCAGAGACUCCUCGGUUUGAUCAUGCUGUUCAAGGCUAAACUCGGUCUCCUACUUCAAUUGAUCUCAACGCACUUCCAACUCAAGUUCUUCUUCAUCGCUAUCAUCACCUUGAUCCUCAACGUUGUCAAGUUUUGGAUGGAUCUGAAAAAGUCUCAUCCGUCCAAGGUCAUCUAUUACGAACACGCUCAACAUCAACACCAUUACGAUCACGAUGAUCACGAUCCUAGUUACUGGGGACGAUCCUCCAACGAUCCUACUGCUCAAAAUCUCGCUUAUUCCUCCUAUGCUCCACAAAAUCCAUAGAGGCUCGAGCUGGAAAAAUCAAACUCCAUCUACCCAGUGACGAAAAAGAAAAAGGAAAAACAAAGGAAAGAAAAAGAUAGUAGCACCGAGAACAAGGUGGCAGAAAAAUCUGUCGCUACGAUUGUUCUCUUCGUGCUCGGGUUUCUAAAUAAUUACUAGAGAAACCGUUGAUCGUUGUCUGACAAGAGAUUAACACGUAGUCGCGUAAUCUAUAUUUAAUCUUAUAUUUAUAUCAAAUUAUUUAUUUUUCUAUUUAUAUUAAAACAGAAAUGCUAUGACCCGUUAAUGCGCGUAUUAUUUAGGAAAAUUAUCGCGUCUCCUCGUUCAUGCACCUUUCCCCAAGUCGCAAA